AUGGCGAAAGCAAGGAUUCCUUACAAAGGGCUGACCACACCGUAUUUCAAUGUUGAUUAUCCACAAGGAUUAAAUUAUGGUUCAAUAGGAAGUGUAUUCGGGACCGUGUUAGCAGAAUUUUUGUUGACUCGAGAGUGCAAACUGUCGACUAAUUCGGAUGUAUCAAACUGGGCAUGUGGAAAAAGAUCUCGUGAUGAAACACAAAGGACUUUAACGUGUUUGUCAAGUCAACACGGAAAACAACCUUUGAACGGAAUGAAUGAUGGUAACGCUGUCAGGACUUUGGAAACCGCAACAGGAAUUAGGGCAGCUUUUCGAGCUCUUUUGCGAUCUCGAAGCGAAAAAGAUCCGUCACCGUUAGGAAAAUUUGCCCCUGCUGAGCGAUUCAAGGAAGAAGAAUUAUUCUUCUUCUCUUUAGUCACUAUUUGGGGCGAAUUAGGUAAACAGCCACAUGACGUGACUGCAGCUUUAAUGAACACCGACGCCUUUAAAAAAAUUCACGGGUGUUCUGAUAGAAAACCAAUGGCUCCUAUUCCGAGAUGCAAUCUCUGGACUUAAGUAAUCACUUCUUAAAAAUGUUUCAUAAAGUUUAUAAAAAUGUCUUCUGAUUGAAGAAUUAUUCUGUCGCUAUAAAUUUGGAAUAUAUUAUUACCUAAACUACCUUAUUACCAAAUAAAGUUAAGACGCAAUUCAAAUGUUUAGAUAAUAUUCCUACGAAAUUUACGUAUUAUUUCGGAUUCUAUAAACGUACCAGGAUGAACAUUUA